AUGGGACUACUCGAACUCGAAAUGUCGUUGGUGACAGCUGCUGAGGCGGCUGCAGAGCCUGUCGGCAAGAAACGCAAGGAACCGAAUGUCAACCCGUUCCUGCCGAAGCCGAUGCGAUCACGAUGGAAUAUGUUCUGGUUCACAUCGAGGCUCGAUGGCCUCGUCUAA